ACAGUGCUUAUAUAUGACGAAUCAUUCGAUCAGUGAAGUUACAAAGUUAAUGUCUUUACAGCAGUGAGUAACGUGCUUAUUUUAGGCUCCGACGGACCAGUCGACACACACACACGCACACGCGCACGCGCGUCACACACCGAGCAGGAAGUUAACGGUGGACUUUCCAUUCCUCAUCUGGGCAGACACAAAAACACUGAAUCGGGCUUUGUCUACGUUUUACCUCGUCUAAUAUCCACGUCGUUCCACGUUUUUCAUCUGGAGUCAGCUAUUUAGGACCAUAAACGAUGUCGCUGUAUCCAUCUCUGGAGGACCUGAAGGUGGACAAGGUCAUUAAGGCACAGGCCCAAUUUGCCCAGUCCACCUCCUCUGCCCCAGCCAUCACCGAGGGCACCUACCAGCCUGCCGUGCAAGCCAUGCCAAGCUCAAGUCUGUACCCAAACCUGGAGGAGCUAGGAGACUACAUGGGACUCAGUCUCACCAGUGAUGAGGUGCAGAAGAACCUUGCUCUUGUCCCAGCUGCUGAUAAUCAAGUUGCAGUAGGAUCAGGUGUAGGAGGCAUGGUGCGACCGGUUACAGGUGCUGAUGUGGGCAUCAGGAGAGCCGAGAUUCGUCCAGGCCUUCGGGAGGUCAUACUCUGCAAGGACCAGGAUGGCAAAGUUGGCCUGCGGCUAAGAGAAAUUGACAACGGUGUGUUUAUUCAGCUGGUGCAGGCGAAUUCACCUGCAUCUCUGGCUGGUCUGCGUUUUGGAGACCAGGUACUGCAGAUCAAUGGGCAGAACUGCGCAGGCUGGAGCACUGACAAAGCCCACAAGGCUCUGAAGGCAGCAGCUGAACUGCGCAUUGAGCUCGUGGUCCGUGAUAGGCCCUUCCAGCGCACAAUCACCAUGCAUAAGGACAGCUCUGGCCAUGUUGGCUUCAUCUUUAAGUCUGGUCGUAUCACCUCCCUGGUGAAGGACGGUUCUGCUGCCCGCAAUGGCCUUCUCACUGAUCACUACAUUUGUGAGAUCAAUGGGCAAAAUGUCAUCGGACUCAAGGAUCCUCAGAUUAAAGACAUCCUGAACACAUCUCCCAGUGCCAUGACCAUCACCAUCAUGCCCAAGAUCAUCUAUGAGCAUAUGAUUAAGAGGAUGUCAAGUGGCCUGCUGAGGUCAGCAAUGGAUCACUCUGUGCCGGAGGUUUGAGCCUCUCACACCAGAACAUCUGCAAUCUCCAUCAGGCCCUUCUAGCACAUGGCUGGUCUGUGUUAGAAUUAAUCCUUUCUUUCAAUCAUUUUCAUGUAUAACAAAAGAAAUGUUGCCUUUUUCUACUUUAGAUGUUCUUGUAUAUCUAUUUUUUUCUAUCUUCCUUAUUACUGUUGAAUUGUUUCAUUGUAUUUUAUAUGUAACAAUAAUAAUCCGUGACCUAUCCCUGAGUAUUACUGGCUUUUGAGUUUUAUCGGUUUGUUUUUCUCUUUAAACUUGCACCUUCUGAAUAGUUAGUCGGCAAAGAAAAUCAAUAGGUAUAGAUUUUAUUCCCGGGCUUCCGAAAGACAGAUAAGGAUUGUGGGCAUUGGAGUUCAGUACUCUUAUACAUUACCCACUAUGCACAGUCUCACCUGUUAAGAACUUAGCAUUCACACCUACGUGCCAAGAAGGACUUGCACUGCCAGACUGUAACCAAGGUUGAUUUGAUUAGUUUUUGUUAUGUUAGGAUAUAAAAAAAUAUAUAUCUGUUCAUUUUAGUUGUCUUUUUUGAAAUGUAUAAAUCACAUUCUGCCAAUAUGUAAAUUCUAUGACAGUGUAUUCAAAUAUAGCCUCAAACCUACUUGUAAUAAAAACAAAAUAAAUAAU